AUGGCGACCCCAGCAUCGCUCAACGAUCUCGAGUGCGCCGAGAAGAAAGCCGGCGUCACAGACACAACAGCAGUCGACCAUGGCCUAGGCACCUCGACCUCCACCGUCACGGGCCACACCUUCGUCCAUGACGUCGACCCGGCCGCCGAGCGCGCGCUCCUCUGGAAGUUCGACCUGCGAAUCCUCCCAACACUCGCCCUCAUGUACCUCUUCAACGGGCUCGACAAGGGCAACCUGGGCAACGCCAAGACGGCCGGGCUCGAGGACACGCUCAAACUAAAAGGCGACCAGUACAACAUCCUGCUCUCGGUAUUCUUCAUCCCCUACGUGCUGUGCGCGCCCUUCCUGGGCGUCGCCGGCAAGCGGUUCGGCCCGGCGCGCAUACUGCCGCUGAUGAUGGCGACGUACGGGUCGAUGACGCUGCUGACGGCGGCCGCGACGGGCUUCGGCGGGCUUUUCGCCGUGCGCUGGUUCCUCGGCAUGGCCGAGAGCGCCUUCUUCCCGCUCGUCAUCUACUAUCAGACGACCUUCUACCGGCGGGGCGAGCUGGCGCGCCGCCUUGCGCUGUUCUACGCCGCAUCGAAUAUCGCGAACGCCUUCUCGGGCCUGCUGGCCUUCGGCACCUUCCAGAUCCGCGGCGGCGCCCUGGCGCCCUGGAAGUACCUGUUCGUGGUCGAGGGCGCCGGAACGCUGAUCAUGGCCGUGUUUGCGUGGUUCUUCCUUCCCGCCAGCGGCGCGACGGCCUGGUUCCUGAGCGAUGAGGAGCGCCGCCUCGCGCACCACCGGCUGCAGGUCGACUCUUCGAGCAUUGUGGACCAGCCCUUCGUGCUGCGCGAGGCCGUUGGCAUCCUGCGGCAUCCGAGCAGCUGGGCCAUCCUGGCCAUCGAGGUUUGUCUGGGCGUACCGCUGCAGUCGGUCAACCUGUACUUGCCCGUCAUCAUCAAACGCCUGGGCUACAACACUGUGAAGACGAACUUGUAUACCGUCGCGCCCAACAUCACCGGUGCUGUCAUGUUGCUACUUCUGGCGUUCUCGUCCGACUUGACGAAGAUCCGCUUCCCAUUCAUCGCGCUGGGAUUUGCGUUUACGCUGACGGGUUUCAUCGUCUACGCUUGCGUCAGCGUCGAUAACCAGCUUCAAGUGGCUUACUUUGCAACUUUUAUGAUGACUUGGGGCACCUCGGCGCCGAGUGUGAUCCUGGAUGUGUGGUACAACAACAAUAUCGCGAACGAGAACAAGCGGGUGCUGCUGACGAGCAUCGCCGUCCCGGUCGCCAAUCUGAUGGGCAUCGUCUCAUCGAAUAUUUUCCAGGACAAGGAUGCUCCCAAGUACUUCCCGGCUCUGAUCACGACUGCUGCUUUCGGCGCCUGCGGGUGUGUGCUCACGCUUGCGCUCGGGACGUGGAUGGUUUUCGACAACAAGCGGAGAGAUAGGAAGCAGGGCAGGACGGUGAAAGCGAGCGAUAUCCCGACUGGACUGCUGGCAGACGGACCCUCGAAUCCGAGCUACAGAUGGUAUCUGUAG